AAUAUAUUUCCUGCUAUGAUCAUUAUCACAUAUAACUGCAUAUAACAUAGUUGAUAGUUGCAUUCGUAGUCGUCACUUGUCAGUCGCAUUUUGAACUGUAAGCUCAGAUAAGUAACCUCCCGUCUGUUAUUUCCACUGAUUUCCACUGUAUCGGUUUGGUCUGAUUCUUCUUUUAUCUGGUUUGGAAGUAACGUUAUUGUAAAAUUCAGUUAAUAUUCAUGACCUUCAUUUAAAAGAAAGAGAGGGAUUAAUAGUUACAUAAAACAUGAAGACAGAUAUUGCCGAUCCAUGGUGCGAAACGGACGUACCGCAAGAAAGUAACGAUAAAUGUAAAACUGGUUUCGAAGACUCUUUUGUAGAAAGUCAAUCAGAUUACAGCAAAUUAGACGAUUCGGAAGAAUACUUGGCAAAACUUUACUCGAGACUUAGAAAUCUUCAGAAAGGUACAUCAAAGAAAGAUCUUGUGUCAUCCUUGUCUGUAGCAAAAGAAGAUUGUAUUGCACGUUUAAUAACUUCUGGACAUAAGAUUGAAACAGAGGAAGAAAUUGAACUUUCCUCAAAUCCUUUAAUAAGGCACAUAGUACCUCACUUACAGGCAUUAACUGCUAGUGAAUUAGUUCAUCUGUUAAAAGCAGAUGUUCUUCAAGUAAUCAGUGAAACUGAAGAACAAAAGAUUGAUAAGCUACUGAACGAAACAAAUAGUAACUGAAA